AUGCUGAGAACCCCCACAGCCCUUGCACCCUGCGGCACUGCCCCGCAGAGGGAGGGCUGGCGGAGUCGGGGUGCUGUGGUGGGCUGUGCGGGACGUGGGAGCUCAGGCCCGAGGCGCCUGAACGGCGUGGGGGCCGCCAUUGCUGCCACUUACGCGGACGGAACACUGGAGGCAGCCUGCACCGCUGUCUGUGGUCAGUCUGCCCCAGCCUGCCCCGGCACAGGAGGACAGACCACCCCGGCCCCUCCUGGUUCACCACUGACCCCCGCCGGGUCGAGGGUCCCAGAGCUGCGAGAGGGGAGAGUGGCACUUAAAGGGAGCUGA